AUGGCCGACGUCUCGGCUUUUGCCACCGCCUUUGGCUCGCCAGGCUCGGGCAAGACCAAGAAGGCCGCCGCCGCCAAGCAGCGGUUGGCGGGACUGGCCAAAGCCAUGGAGACAAACAGCGGCGGCGAUGUGGUCGUCGCACUCCGCAAUGCGGCGUGGGACACACGACUGGUCGCCGCCGAGGCCAAGCUCCUCGAGGCCAUGCUCCUGCUCAACAUCGGGUCCAAGAUCUCCGGCUCGCUCGCGCUGCGCAAGUCGUGGAAGGCCUUUACCGCCAUCCAGACCGACAUCCGCGCAAGCUCGCUCCCGAUCUCCCAGUUUGUAGCCAACGGCGUCAACUUUGGGGUCGGUCUCUUCUUCUUUGUCGUCUCGCUCGUCCCGCCAGGCCUCGUAGCCAAAGUUCUCAAGAUGCUCGGCUUUCGUGGCGACCGCGCCCUCGGCCUCGGCCUUGUCCGCGGCGUCUCUGAUUCGGGCAUGGGCCGGUCGGGCUUUGCCGCCAUGAUCCUCCUCUUUUCCAUGCUCUAUCUGCCGCGCGGCUUUGAUCGCGAUGAUGGCACCCUUGACGAUGCCUCCGACGUCUUGGACGGUAUCCAGGCCAGGUAUCCCAACGCAGCGCUCUUCCUACUCUUCCGCGGUCAGCUGCUGCGCAAGACGGGCCGAGCUGCCGAUGCAUCGGACGCUGUCGAGGAGGCUAUUGCACAGACUCGGGCUGCAAACAUCGCUGCCCCGUGUACGCUUCUCUACGAGCUGGCAAACACCCAUUUUCACGCUCUCGCCUGGUCCCGCGCCGCAACUGCCUACGACGACGUUCUCGCCGCCGAUGGCGAGUUUGGUAUGCGCGGCAUGUCUGCGCUCUCUAUCGCGGCAUGCAUUGCCAUGACGGCGCCUCAAGACUGCGACGGCUUCCGCGCUGCCCUCGAACGCGUGGCUGCUGUUGCCACGCCCAAGUCGCGGUACGACGACGCAGCCACAUGCCUUGCCUCCCGCUACCUCGCCCACCCGCUCCUCGCCCCGCUUCUCGCUACCGAGCUGUUGUUUUUCAAGCACGAUCUGGCGCAUCUUGCCGCUGAUCAAGCCCAGCCACUGCUUCACCGCUUGACGGCCGCGCCGAUGGGGGUCGAUUUCGACGCGCUCGCGCGGACCGCCGACAACAGCCUUGCCUUUGCGCCGCUCGUGCUGUGCGUGGCGGCGCUACGGCGCCGGGUUGGAGACACCGCCGGUGCGCGGACGGCGCUCGACGUGCUCAUCGCCGCCGAGCCGGAGUUGGCUCGCAGUGAGCGCACCUAUCUCGCGUUUGCGCUCUCGGAGCGUGCCGAGAUCGCGCACGCUGCCGGCGAUCUGGACGCGGCGGGCGUCGACGUGGCGCGGGCCCGCAAGCUCAAGGACUACCUGUUCUCGUUCAUCCUCACGCGGCGGCUACGUGUGUGCGAGGCAGCGCUGGCCGAGGCCGCGGCGUAGCCAAGAGAGAUGGCGCCGUCACGAGUCGCUUACAGAGUCUUGUUCUUGAGCGCCUCCUCCAGGGCCGCCUUGGCGUUGGUCACCUUGGCCCGGAUGUACAGCGAGCCGCCCUUGGCCGGAUCGUUGGCCUUGAACAGAUGGUCGUAGCGCUUGGCAAUUUCUGCUGGCGUAAUCUUGUUCUUGGGGAUGUCGAGAAUGGUGGCCGCGGCCUCGGUCGAGAUCGAGCCGGCCGGGCCUGCCUUGCCGCGGCGCUUGACCGCAUUGGCGCCGCCCUUUGCGGCGUCUGUGGCAAGGAAGAGAGCAUGAGUGAGUAUCGCCGAUCAGGAGCGAGAGAAGGAACCAAAGAAUGAGGAGGGAGGAGGCAAGGAAGUGACCACAGUGACUGGCAACGUACUCUGCAUGCCCUUGCGAUACGCUUCACCAAAGGCCUUGAACACGAUCUGCGAUGCCGA